UACAAAUGAACGUAACACAGGCAUGAGUUACUGAACUUUCCUCCAGUUGGCAGUGGAUUUGAGGUAAAUGGGAAAGGCAGGACUCACUAUCUCACCGUAGCAAGAGGUCGCAUAAUCUGGUUUGGACAAAACGUUGAUUAUCAAUUAUCCAUACAUACUACAGAGACCUUGACCUUAUACAACGGUUUGUCCAUAGAAGCCUGUGUAUAAAUACGAAAGGAGUUCCCUGUGCCGACUGAGACUCGACCACAAUCCUGCACACAGUUUGCAGAGAACUGCAGCAAUGGUGUCCACAGAUAAUAUAUGGAUGUAUUUACUGGAGCUGAUCCAGUCUCACUACAACCUGACCACCUUAUUACUUGGGGUUGCUCUCGUUAUUAUCAGACAGUACAUCAGAGAGUUCUACAAGGUUGGUGGCUACAGCCAGAAGCAUGUGCUAAUCACUGGAUGUGACAGCGGUUUUGGGAACCUGUUGGCCCGACAGCUGGAUUCCAAAGGUUUUCACGUCAUAGCAGCUUGUCUGUCAGAGAAAGGUGCUGCCGAUUUGGCAGCAUUGACCUCCAGCAGACUGAAGACUGUCCUGCUGGAUGUCACAAGCAGUGAGAGCAUCAAGAAGGCAGUGGAGUUUAUAAGCGGGGAGGUUGGAGAGAGAGGGUUGUGGGGUCUGGUUAAUAAUGCUGGCAGGUCAACACCCAUCGGCCCAACUGACUGGAUGAACAUUGAUGAUUUUAAAAAGGUUCUAGAUGUGAACCUGAUUGGAGUCAUUGAUGUUACUCUCCAGACUGUGCCCCUGCUCAAGAAAGCCCAGGGCAGGGUGGUGAACGUGGCUAGUAUCCUGGGCAGAAUGUCUGUGCUUAGUGGAGGAUACAGCCCAGCCAAAGUCGGAGUGGAAUUUUUUUCGGACACCCUCAGGAGAGACCUGAAGGCCUUUGGUGUGGAAGUGAGCAUCAUAGAGCCUGGUUUCUUUAAGACGGCAGUGACUCAGCAGGAUCUCAUUGAGGCAGAUCUGAGGAGGCUGUGGAAUCGUCUUCCUCAGGACGUGAAAGACCUGUAUGGACCCACGUUUGUGGAUAAGUAUGUAGAAUGCCAGAACUUCAACCUGAGUAUGUUUUGCAGUCCAGAUAUUUCUAAAGUGACAUGGUGUAUGGAGCAUGCACUGACAGCCUGUUACCCUCGCAAGCGCUACAGUGCAGGCUGGGAUGCAAAGUUUUUCUGGAUUCCUCUGUCCUACCUCCCUUCACUUGUCCAAGACUUUGUUGUAUCUUUCCUCGCCCCUCUGCCAAAAGUCAGACCAAACAAAUAGUAGGUUUAUGAAAUAUACUGUAUGUAUAAAUACCCCAACAUAAAAAUUCAGUGAAAUAAACAAUAUGACAACAAAGGUGCUAACAAAAACCAUUGCUCAACUUGUUUUACAAAAUAGGAAAUUUAUUCAUUCAUGUCUCAGCAGCAGUAUUUAAACCACGUGGGUAUUUCUCAGGAAUCACUAUAUAUAUAUAUAUAUAUAUAACCCAUUUAGAUACAAAAGAGAUCACUGCGUAAAGAAUUAUCUAGCAUUUAUGUUUAUAAAACAUCUAAAGCUUCGUGGUUCUCCUCAAGAAAAUCAACUACAUAAAUUAACUUCCAUGCGAUAGACAUGGGUAGUGUUCAAGUAUCGUCCCAAACUAUUUUGGCCAUCAUUCCAACACCUUUUGUAUUAAAAAAAACUGAUUGUGUUGAUUCAGAGUCAUUAAAGUCAGUGAAUGUGGGUAAAGAUAAGUACUAGAUUCAGUAGAUGUUCCACAGCUGUCCAGUGUUUUGACUUGUUCUAAGAUUUUCAGCCCUGGAAUGAGGUAAAUAAGCAGGAAAUACAUCUCCGGCUUUGUUGAGUGUAGUCGUAGCACAUUUCUCUAAAAGUACUUCCAGUGUACGAGUACUGCACAUUCAGAUCACUGUGUUAAUUUUCUUUAUGUGUAACUGUUUAUACUGAUCCUUUCAUGCAUCUACCCCCAGUGUAUUUUCUGUCAGAAUCUCUGCGUUUAAAAUUUACAAAUAUACAACAUAUUUAUCAACAUUUCCUUCAGCAGCAUCAGUGCAAAGAUUUACAUAUUGUACAUCAGAACAAAAAGAAUUGGCAUAAGAAAUAUCAGAAGGCAUACUCACGGACUCAUUAGUCUUCAUUCUGUAGAUUUUUUUCCUCUACAACUUGUUUGUACACAGGCUGCAUUAAAAAAAUAAAUUCUGUGCAAAGCA